AUGUCCCUCCUGUCCUCCUCGCGCUUGUCUGGCACAGUGGUGGCAAAACGCCCACACCCUGGCAGGCUGCACGCCUGCCUGCUGCGCAGCCAUGCCAGUGGCGGACCUGCUCGGAGGGCAGUGGCUCCGACAGCCGCGCUGGGCAGGCAGCUAGUGAUCUUUCUCGUAGGGGCGCUGUGUGCCACAACUGUGUCACGACCCUCCUUGAUAGUUUGCUCCAGGUCGUUGUCUCAAUGCUUCUCCCCUCCCUCCUUCCUCCACUCCAGUUCAUCAUCCAAGACGACUACGGCGAAUCGCCAGCGCCCUCUGCCUUUUUUGGAAAUGCCUACGCGCCCAAACGUUGGGCCGAAGUCUGGCCAAUUUUGA